AAACGCAUACGGACAUAGCCCAAUAUAUUUGUCAGCAAACAAAUGGAGACAGACACAUCAAAAGACAUGACAGAAAACCCGCACAAAAAAUCAUGUACGUCCGAUCAGAAGCGUGGGCUCUCGGUUGUAUGUAGUGAUGCAAGCUUUUAUAGUGCGGUAUCCCAACCUCAGCAAGACUUUCUGCGCAUUACAAACAAAAACAAAUCACAGAUCCCGGUGGCUCUCUGAGUGUAGAAGGAAUGUCAGGUAGACCAAGAAUCAGAAACGUGGAUCAAAUCGUGCAGAUGAUCACAAAGAAAGUGUAGCGAAAUGUCGAAGCACAUGCUGUUUGACACUGAUGGAAACUCUAUCCCAGGGACUGUGGUAGCCAGAGAUAAAGGAGUUGAAAUCAAGAGAGGAAAAAGGCCACAGAUAAAUAAACAGUAUAAAAGAAUGCCUAUGACGACAUAAAAAGUACAGGUAGGUACGUGGGUACAACAGGUAUCACAACAAAUCCAAGAUAAAAACAAACAUGCAAGAGCCAUAAGCCUAUUAGCCGAAGGGACACCACUCCACUAUCAGUUAUUUCCCUUCCUACUGCAGAAGCUCCGCAGUUGGUCCAGACUGCGAUAAGGCUGUGGUGACGGUCAAAACGUUUCAACAAUAUAUUUAGUUACAAUUGCAUAGCAGGAGAGUGAUACAGAAGAAAUAAAUGAUUAGUUUCUCACUUAAUCACCACAAAUUAUUUCGGUUGCCGAUGUUUAUAAAAAUCGAAACAAAAUCCAGUGAAAUCGACCGUUGUGUCCUUCCGCCGAGUAACCACGAUAUCUUGCCGAGAUUUGCGUGUGACGUAGGACCAAAACCGGGAGUGUCUCAGGAUUUGAACUCGUGGUCGGUGUUGUCUCGUUUGCUGGAUUAGUGAUCCACAAUUAUUAACAGUCAAUAUCAGAUGGCUAUGAGUAAUAUCAAACCAUAUCAGUUUGAACCAAUUGCAUCAGCUCACACUGACAUCGACUGCACAUCCUCGGAGGACGAGGAAGAUGUUGCAGCAGGCGAAGGACAAAGCAGAGUUUCAGACUGGUGCAUUUGCGAGCAUUGUGAGGAAUGGCCACAACAGAAAGAAGAUGAAAAAAUAUGUUGCCGUUUGUAUUCAGAAAUAGAAGAUCAUUUAGAGGAGGACCAGAUGUGCAUUACCAGCCAUGAAGGCAUGGCUGGAAAUUGUUUGUCAAGGUUUGUUAUUGAUUCCACCAUAGUGCUCAUAAAGCAGCUUAAUAUGAAAAAAUGGCGAGAAGACUAUUUGCAAACAGAACCACACAAAACAUACAGACAUGUGGCUUACUGUAACUUUGUGCGGUGGAUAUGGCGCAAGACAGGAAAGAAAAACAGAAAAAUCUUGCCUGCUUGUGUUGUUGCAGCGAUCAGCAAAAAAUUUCCAUCUGAGGAGUUUGCUAGCUUCAAAUAUGCUUUAUAAAAUAUGGGCUCUGCCUUUAGCUGAUCAUGUUGACGUCUGGCAUAAGACCCACCAUGGCCUUGAAGGAUAUCCACAAUAUGGUUGCAGAUGGAAACCCACUUGUCUCGAACCAAUUGUUCUCUUCCUAAACCUUCUGGCAAUCAUGCUGAGUACCAGUACAUAUAAUUCGAUAUGCUUUUGGACCAUAAUGACAGGAUAGAAUUACUCUUUGAUCUGCUAGCUGCAACGAGGUUCUUAACAACUCAUGAAAAAAAAAAAAACCCCGAAAAGGAACGGGUUAAACAAAUUAUACAUAAAAUUGUAUGUAUGGUGUGUGUUUGUGCAUAUAUGAUGUGAUACCACAUCUACUUUUUAAUACUGGCAUGGCAGUCUGUGAUCAAAUGAC